GUCCGGAAUGCUUGUUUGUGAUUGGGCGCGCCACCUGUCAGUCAUGUUUUAUUUGAUUUUUUUUUUUUAAGAACCACAACUCUAGGUUCUGGGGGCGGAGCCUCGUGAACAUGGGCGGGAAUAUUCAAAAUCACACUAUUUUAGGUGUGUGAAGUUGUGACGUUAUAAAUCGAAGGCAUAACAAGGUUGUGUUUUUUUUGCCAUGGUGGGAAAUUAACGCGGAAUCGGGCACGCUCCGUUUUUACAAUUUUAUGCAGGUUUGGGGCCGAGACGUGACCUCGUCCCAAUCCAAAGCCCUCUUCGAUUCACGUACGUCGAACUCAGUGGUAAGGCUGCAUCGGUCUUUCGCUCUACACAACAAAGGACAACCCGCCUGCGUAUUAACACAGACUCCAGGGUGAAACUUUUUCACGAGCGUCCACCAGUUUGCUUGUUGUCCAGAAAAGCUGAAAGACUCGCGCAGCCCAGCCAGGAGACGCCAAAUUGUCGUGGAAAUUAGACAACACUUGCAGACUCGUCCUCUGAAGCACCUGUAAAGAUGUCCGAGACGAUAUAUGACAGUUUCGAGAAGAUCGGAAAGAAGCAGAACAAGGAACAGGUUCCUCCACCAGCUGAGACUCAACAGAAGAAACCUAACGCGGCAAAACAGUCCAAGAAAUCCCAGUCCAGCAGCAGCUCUAAAGUGACCCACUACAAAACGUUGGAGGAAGCCGUCAAAGCUCUGGAUGUGGUGGAGUUGCGGCAACAGCUGGACAAAAGUCAAGCUAUGUUCCCUGAGAAUCCGUGCGUCUGGGUGAAGGAUCUGGCCGGGUAUCUGAACAGCAAGCUGCUCGCACCUGACACCGAUCCCACGCUCAGCAGCUACGCUCAUGAUUACCCCUACUGCCUUGCUGGAAAGGAUCUGCGCAGCAUAAUUAAGAAUCUGUUGGGGAAAAGCGGUGACACACUACAAGAAUUCUUCGAUCACUGUGUGUAUACCAUGCUCCGGGAGUUGGAUAGACCAACAGCUGAACCACUGCAUGGCUACAGAAUGUGCAUUCAGGCCAUCUUGAUGAACAAACCCAAAACAGCAACGCUCAGCCUGACUGAGCACCUGGAGCUUCUGCGCUCCCACCAGAACCGUCCAACCAAGUGUCUGACCAUUAUGUGGGCUCUCGGACAAGCCGGCUUCUAUGACCUUACCCAAGGCAUAAAAGUUUGGCUGGGCAUCAUGCUCCCUGUUCUAGGAGUGAAAUCUCUGUCUGCCUACGCCAUUGCAUACCUAGAGAGACUGCUCACGCUCCAUGCCAAUCUAUCUAAAGGGUUUGGGGUAAUGGGCCCGAAAGAAUUCUUCCCUCUGCUGGAUUUUGCUUACAUGCCCAGAAAUGCCUUGUCAGCAAGCCUGCAGGAGCAGUUGAGGAGGCUCUACCCCCGGCUGAAGGUUCUAGCGUUUGGGGCGAAACCGGAAUCUACGUUGCAUACAUACUUCCCUUCCUUUCUCUCCAGAGCCACGCCCAGUUGUCCCGAUAGCAUGAAGAAAGAGUUGCUGAGCAGCCUGACCGAGUGCCUUUGUGUAGACGCACAGAGUAUCGGUGUAUGGAGGCAACUUUACACUAAACACCUCACCCAGUCCAGCCUCUUGUUGAAUCAUCUGCUCAGUUUAUGGCGCACACUCCCACCAAAGUUGCGAAACAACCUUCAAGAAACAAUUCAGUCUUUCAGAGUGACGAAUGAAGAGAUUAGGUCCACAGCUAACGUGGAUGACGUACAGGAAUGCAAUGCCGUCUGCAGUUCUCUGCAGAUGAAAAUUCGCUCUCAGGGGUUCCCGUGGAAGCGGGUGCUGAUGGUGCUGUUGGUGUUUGUCGCCGGUUUUAUCGUUCACGAUGUGAGAUCUCGCGGAGCGUUCGCCAACUCCACCACAGCGCUGUACCUGCAGAAGACUGGAGUCACUGCAGUAUCCCAGCAGGGCUGGAGAAAAGUGUCUCAUUACAGCCAGCAGGGCAUCAACUACUUAGCUGAGACUACGCCGUAUUAUUACUCUCUGGCUGUGGAGGCAGUGGGUCCAUUUUUGGAAGCCAUUUUGGAGAAGCUGAAGGUGGUUGCAGUCUUUAUUGCACAGAAGAGUUCUGAAUUGAUGCUGUGGCUGCAGGAGAGCACACCAUUACUCGUAGAAUGGAUCAAUGCCAACACCCCAGAGAGUGUUUUCCAGUUUUUGGAGUUUGUAAAGGAGCUAUUGCUGUUUGUGCAUCAGAACUACAUCCUACCCGGCCUGCAGUACAUCGUAACAGCUCUCCAGCACCUUUGGCAGUCACUGCAGGACUCCUGCAAUGGUGAAGUAUCGCUUCUCUGCAUGCAGAACCAUGUGGUAGCUUUCACCAACAGCACAUGGAUUUACUUGCAGGAUAAAACAACAGCCAUCGGGAGCUGGGCCCAAGAGCUGCUGUCCAAGGCAUGAUACACGCCCAGAAUAUGGGACAGAGACUUGUCGUCUUUAUUUGCGUCUACCUUCUCACGUUGGGCUGUAAAAACUGUAGGAUACUUUGCCAUCUAAUAUUUCUCUAAUUCAGAGGACUCGACAGGAGGUGGAACACUUACCUGUUUUGUCUUUUUGUCCCCCCACUACAUUAUUUGGGACUCCACCCCCACCCCUUAAUUUCAGGACUUUUUAUAUGAUCAAUACCCAAAAUGUUUUGUGGGUUUUUCUUUUCAUCUCUUGUGUUUUACCUAGAUGAUUGCAGAUACGGUAUUUAUUGUAUGUAUGUAUUCGGGGGGGGGGGGG